CUAUUAUACGAAGCGACACGCGUCUCAAGUCAUCAGUUGAGUUCCGAUCGCGCGCUUGACCGGGCGAGUCCGACCAAAGGUUCUGAACAGAAGGGAGCGAUGGCUUAUCACGAACAAUAUUUCUCCCACGCGGACGGUUCCUACGUUCCGGCUAGUAUUGCGCAAACCACCAAGGAAAUCCCUCUCAGUACCGCCCUGUUGGAUGGUGUGACCAAAGUUAUCAAACUGUUGGUGCUUAUCGUGCCCGUACUUUUGCGAGAUUUUGUCCAGCUGCUUCUGCCCGCGCAGAAGAAAUCCAUAAAGGGCCAGGUAGCCUUGGUGACUGGUGGUGGCAAUGGUUUGGGGAGAGCGUUGUGUCUUCGGUUAGCCCAAGAGGGCUGCGCGGUUGCGGUGGCAGAUAUCGAUUUGCCGAGUGCGCAGAACACGGCAAAAGAAGUGCGAAAUCGGUACGGCGUUAAUGCCGAAGGGUUCCGGGUCGAUGUGGCCGAUCAUCAGUCGGUUGCAGAGCUGCGAAAACGGAUCGAAUCCGCGCUGGGACCGGUGGAUAUUCUUGUGAACAAUGCAGGCUUGCUGGCGAUGCUGUCGCUGUCCGAAGGUAGCGUACAGGAUGUGCAGAGGAUCAUCAAUGUGAACCUGUUGUCACACUUUUGGACAAUCCGUGAGUUCAAGGACGGAAUGGUGGAACGUCGCCGAGGACACAUCGUCGCUAUUAGCUCGAUACUGGGAAUCUUACCCAACGGCCGAUCGAUUUGCUACAACACAACGAAAUUCGGAGUACGUGGUCUGAUGGCAUCGCUGAACGAUGAACUCUACUCCGACGGUCUGGCAGAGCACAUCCACACCACGUGUGUCUAUCCAGCGGGAAUCAAAACACGGAAGGAUUUCGUUGAUUUUGUUAAAGACCUCAAAUUGACUAUCCCAUGGCACAGCCCGGAGUACGUAGCGGAGGCUACGGUAACUGGUAUGCUGACCAACAAAACGGAUCUCAUAGCGAGUAGCACAAUCGUGAAAUUUCUUUGCUACUGCUAUCCUCUGUUUCCCAAAUCUUUUGUUCGUCUGGCAACAGAUGUCAUGGUGGGUAAAUGCCCACCCCUCACAAGGAGAUCAUCACUGAAGUAAUACGAAAACGGUGGAAAUGUGUGAGUGGGGUUCGCGAUGUUCCUGUGCAAUCAAUCAAAGUCAUCACAUCUCAGGCUCGGAUGUCGGUUGUAUUAAGUUAUUAUUAGUAUUAAUGUGCAAUGGGGGUAUUGUUAGCAUUGAUUCAUUUUACAAUAAAACAUAAACAUUUCAAA